AUGACAGACAACCCAAUGGCGCACGUUCACUCAGGUCACGAACUGUUCCAGACGCCGGCGGUCGAAGCUGAAUUCACUGCGAUGAACCAAAAGUAUCUGUUCCCGGGUCAGUGGGGGUCCAUCCAGAUGCUGUCUCACGAUCCGAUCCGUUCGGUCGAAGACCUUAAAGCUGCCAAGAUCCGCGCGCACGGUGGUGCGGCUGAGAUCUUGAAAGCACUGGACAUCACGGUUUACGGUAUCCCUUGGGGGGAACUGCCAGCUGCUGCCGAACGCAAAGUUGUCACAGCGGCGAUCAUUGGUGCGCCAGCAGAUGCCUAUGCCUUCGGCUUUGGUGAAAUCUUCAGCUACUGGGACGCAGUAGAUUGGUUCUACUUCCCAAUGCCCGUAUCCAUCAACCUAGAUACUUGGAACGGUCUGCCUGAUGACGUGAAAGCUGUGAUCGAAGAGGUAAACCGUAAGCUUGCGGCCGGUUGUGUCGCCACCGUGGGCACACUGGCCGGGAUGAUACCGCCAAGCAUUAACUUGAUUGUCUACGGUAUCAUUGCGCGCGAAUCCGUGCCCAAACUGUUGAUCGCCGGUAUUGUUCCGGGUCUGCUGACCGCUUUUGCGUAUCUCGUGAUGAUCUAUAUCCGCGUCAGUCGUAAUCCGGAAAUGGCACCCGCCCUUCCGAAGGCCGGUAUCGAAGAACGUUUACAGUCCUUGAAGGGUGUCUGGAGCUUCCUGACCCUUGGUGGCAUCGUGAUCGGCGGUAUCUAUGCGGGCAUCAUCACCCCGACGGAGGCAGGCGCAAUUGGCGCUGUCGGGUCUUUCCUGAUCGCUUUGCUGCGCAAGCGGAUGUCAUUCGCCGUCUUGAAGGAAGUUUUUCUCGAUACGGCACAAACAACAUCGGUCAUCUUUAUUAUUCUUGUGGGGGCGUUGAUUUUCUCCUCCUACCUUGCGGUAAGUGGCGCAUCAGGGGCGGUGUCGGAAUAUAUUGUGGGCCUUGAUAUGUCGAUGAUGGGCAUCGUGUGCAUCUACGUGCUGCUCUUGCUGGUGUUGGGCUGCAUGGUGGAUCCGGUAUCGGUGAUGUUCUUGACUGUGCCGAUCUUUGUGCCGCCGCUGAUCGAACUGGGUGCCCAUCCGAUUUGGCUGGCAAUUGUGGUGGUCAAAACGCUUGAGAUUGGCCUGAUCACACCGCCUGUUGGGUUGAACGCUUUUGUCCUGAAAGGUGUUGCGCCCUCGUUCUCGCUGAAAGAGAUCUUUGGCGGCAUCUGGUGGUUCUUGCAGGUCGAGGUCAUUACCUUGCUGAUGAUCAUGUUCAUCCCGGCCAUCGCUACCAUUCUACCCGAACUGGCGUUUAAAGGAAGCAUAAACAUGUCGCAUAUCAAAGAUGUAAUCGCGCGGCGGGUCUGGGACUCGCGCGGGCAUCCAACCGUCGAAGUUGAUGUUAUUUUGGAAAAUGGUGUCGUCGGGCGCGCCAUCGCGCCAGCGGGUGCAUCGCGCGGCACACGCGAGGCGAUUGAUCUGCGAGAUGGCGGCGCAGCCUUGCAAGGCAAGAACGUCGUGCAGGCGCUUAAGAACGUAAACGGGCCCAUCGCUGCCGCAUUAAGGGGGCGGAAUGUGCAGGAUCAGACGGAACGGGUUUACGCCCUCUCUGCCCCUGCCCGAAAUCCNUUCGCCGCCGGCGACAUCAUGCAGUCCAAAGGAAAACUGGCAGGCGUCGCGGACGAAGGCGGUUGGUGGCCGAUGUUUGACAGCAACGAGGAAGCUUUGGAAACCCUGAUCGGUGCGAUCGAAAAAGCGGGUGAAAAGCCCGGUGAUCGGGUUGUCAUAUCACUUGAUAUCGCGGCUUCCGAAUUCUGCAAUGACGGCCGUUACCGGCUGGCACUUGAAGAUCGUGAUAUGGACAGCAACGCCAUGAUCGACAUGCUGGGGGGUUGGCUUGACGCCUAUCCGAUUGCAUCCAUCGAAGACCCGCUUGCCGAAACCGAUAAAGAGGGGACUUGCGAAUUCACCCGCCGGUUCGGGGACAGGGUGCAGNCGCAAAGCGCCGGAUGGGGGGCGAUUGUAUCUGCGCGGUCCGGUGAAACCGAAGAUGUCUCAAUCAGCCAUCUGGCGACAGGAUUGGGCGGGGGCCAGUUAAAGGUUGGCUCGUUCACCCGAUCCGAGCGGAUGCCCUUUAACAUCUGGUGCGUCGGUUUGAAUUAUACGGAUCACGCGAAAGAAGCGGGGCUGCCCGUGCCUGAUGAACCUAUUCUGUUCAACAAAUCCACGGUGACAUACUGCGGACCGAACGAUAAUAUCUUGAAAUCCGCGCAGAUGACAAAACUCGACUGGGAGGUCGAGCUGGGCAUCGUGAUCGGCAAACCUGCGCUGAACAUUUCCAAAGAGAAUGCGAUGGAUCAUGUCGCCGGUUUUGUUUUGGUCAACGAUCUGUCCGAACGCGCCUGGCAGAUGGAGCGGGCAGGCCAGACCAUUCAUGGCGACGAAGGACGAAAUUGA